CACAAUCAAAAUUAAAGCAAACCAAGAAACCCUCACUCUCUCUGCCCAGAAAAGCCUAGAGCUUUGCUUCUUUCAAUGGCUUCCAGUGGCUCAGAAAUCACCCACAAGUUCCGUUACUUCGAUGUAUACAAAGACGGCCGUGUGGUGCUACGCCACCCCAUCACUGAGAAAAUCCCACCCUCCGAUGACCCGCUCACCGGUGUCCGAUCAAAGGACGUCAUCAUUUCAUCCGAACCCCCGGUGUCCGCCCGUAUCUUUCUACCCAAAUCUGCUGACACGACCCAGAAACUCCCUCUCCUAUUCUACGUGCAUGGCGGUGGUUUCUGCAAGCAAUCCGCUUUCUCUCGCAAGUACCAUAAUUUCCUCAACACAUUCGUCGCGGAAGCUAAUGUCGUCGCCGUCUCAGUCGAGUACGGUCUAUUCCCGACCCGACCAAUACCCGCUUGCUACGAGGACUCGUGGUCCGGGCUCCAGUGGGUGGCAUCCCAUAGUAAUGGGAAAGGACCCGAGCCGUGGUUGAACGAUCAUGCCGAUUUUCAACGAGUUUUUGUUGCGGGAGAUAGCGCCGGAGGGAACAUAUCGCAUACUCUGUUGGUUCGGGUAGGGUCGAUCGGGUUACCCGGAGUGAAGGUGGUUGGGGCGGUUCUGGUUCACCCAUAUUUUGGAGGUACAGAAUUUGAUCAAAUGUGGCUGUACAUGUGUCCAACCAAUAGCGGGUUGGAGGAUCCUAGGAUGAGUCCGAAUGCAGGGGAUUUAGCCAAGUUGGGGUGUAAGAGGGUGUUGGUUUUUGUGGCGGAGAAUGACGAUUUGAUGGAUCCGGGUAAACGGUACUAUGAAGAAUUGAAGAAAAGUGGGUGGGCAGGAUCCGUGGAGAUUGUAGAGAAUUCAGGGGAGAAGCACUGCUUCCAUUUGCUCAAUCUCAAGUAUGAAAAGGCUGUGGAUUUGAUUAAAAAGUUGGUUUCUUUUGUUAAACAAGAGUAGGUAUAUAGCUAGCGUGGAUGGUUUGGGUAAUUCAUAAAAUAAAAUGUAAUUUUCAA